GAGUGACACCGCACAAGGCGGCAGCUAAAAAUUUUCACAUAAAAUUUCAAAAAUUCGGCUCCAAAUAUACCCGCCUUCUCACCCAAAUUUUUUGCCCUAAAUUCCCAAUUUUCAACUUUUCGACUCAUUUUGCACUUAAAAUUCCGAAAAUCUGCGCGGCAAACUGUCACUUCUCUUUACUCUGGAUCAAUCUGCUUCCCAAAAUUCUGAAGUUCAGUGCCCAUAUGCACUCAGAUUUGCAGGCUUUUAGUGUUUUGUGAAAUCUUGGGGACUUCCAUGGCUACAGAAAAGGAAGAAGUUGAUGUUGAUGGGAGCGAGAAGCAAGAGAAAGACGCGAAGCCUAAUGAAGCUGAAGAGGAAGGCCUAAAGGAAGAAACUGGCAAAGGAGAGGAAGAGAAAGUGGAAGAUCCAGGAGAAGAAGGCCAAGAUGAAAAGGCUGAGGUAAGUGAGGUGAAAGAAGAGGAGGUGAAAGCGGAAGAGAGCGAGGGAAGUGAAGAGGGAAAGAUGGAUGAGGAAGAAGAAGAGGUGGAGGGGAAGGACGAAGGUGAAGGUGACAAAGGAAAGAAAAUGGAGGGGGAAGAGAGUGAGAAGAAGAAUGAAAAUUCGAAGAAGAGAUCAAGAAAAGAUAGGAAAGCUGAGGCUAAGGAGCUGGAAUCGCCGAGGACACCAGGUAGUGAGAGGCCGACAAGGGAGAGGAAAACGGUGGAAAGAUUCAUGGUGGGGGAGUCUCCGAAGGCCUCUGCCAGCAAGACUUUGUCAAUUGAAAAGGGCCAAGGCACACAGCUUAAGGACAUCCCUAAUGUGGCAUUCAAGUUGUCUAAGAGGAAAGCUGAUGAGAACCUACAGCUUCUCCACUCUGUUCUUUUUGGCAAGAAAUCUAAGGUGCACACACUGAAGAAAAAUAUAGGUCUCUUUUCUGGUUUUGUAUGGGUUGAGAAUGAGGAAAAGCAGAGGGCAAAAGUCAAGGAGAAAUUAGAAAAAUGUGUUAAAGAAAAAUUGCUGGAUUUCUGUGAUAUUCUCAAUAUCUCCGUGAACAAAGCGUCUACAAAGAAGGAGGAACUUACUACAAAGUUGUUGGACUUCUUGGAAUCUCCACAUGCUACUACAGAUCGCUUGCUUGCUGACAAGGAUAAGGGUAAGAAGCGAAAGGGCAGGGGAUCGACAAGCAAAAGUCCUAGUUCUUCUAAUGUGACUGCUGGUAAAUCAAAAAAGAAACAAAAGUCGGAUUCUGAAUCUGUGAAGAAGUCAAAGCCUUCUAUCGAAGAAGAAGAGGAGGAAGAUGAUGAUGAUGACAAAAGUAAGUCUUCACAAAGUGAAGCUGAUCAUGAUGACGACGACACAGUUCAUAAAGCAGAAAGUGAACAGGAAGAGCAUCACUCAGAAGAAGGAACAGAUGGCGAUGAAGAUGAACCUGGAAAGCAUAUGGAUGUUGAGAAAAGUUCCAAAAAAAGUGGAAAGAAAGAUACUGUGAAGACUGACUUGAAGUCUAAGUCUGUUGGUAAAGGAAGCCACGAAGCAGCAUCAAAAACUGGUAAAUCUACUAAAAAACCUUCGAGUUCAACAUCAAAGAAAGAAUCCGAAGCUGAAUCAAAGCGUAAAGUUAAGACACCCUCGAGUAAGAAGAAAAAGGAUGACGAGGAAAGUGAGGAAGGCAAUGAAGUCCCGACAAAGGGUGCAUCCGCAAGCAAGAAAAAGUCAAGCAAGUCUUCAGAAAAGGAACAAGGAAAAUUGGAAGUACCAACAUCAGCUGAAAAGCAGCCUAGCAGAGAAGAAAUGCAUUCUGUAGUGGCAGAUAUGCUCAAGGAAGUAGAUUUUAAUACAGCAACGUUAUCCGACAUUCUACGGCAGCUAGCUGAGCACUUUGGAGUAGAUCUGAUGCAUAGGAAAGCAGAAGUUAAAGAAAUAAUUACUGAAGUAAUAGAAAGCAUGUCUGACGAGGAAGAUGAAGAGGAGGCCGAGGCCGGCUCUGGGGAUGAAGCAGGAAAAGAUGGAGACGACAAAUGAUGAGCGUCAAGAGCUACCUCGUCUUCUUCCCCUCGACGUUGGUGGUGUGACUUAACGGAGUUUGAUCACCUAGUUAUCGUUGGCCCUUGCGCGAUAGCAGUAGAGAAGGCUAAGGUUGGAUCAUAACAUAGGGGCUAAAUGCUAAUGCUGAAAUAAUAACAUUUUGCUCUUUUUUUUUUGCUCAUUUAGGUAGCUUUUGUUGUGUAUUUUUAAAAUCCCAGUAGCUGUACUUAAUUUUGUAAAAUUAGUUCAAGAAGUUUCAGAGAUAUAUACAAAAAUUUGAAAGUACUUGAUUUGUAAUGAAUUUGCAAUCCAUUUGAAAGUUUGUAUUUAUCUCUUAUUUCAAUCA